CUUAAGGCACUCGCCGCACAGACAUCACAGCGAACCGCGCAUUUGCAAAGGCCGAGUGGAAGCACCAAGACCGCGGCCGAUCUGAAUGAGCCAACGAAGUGGUUUAUGAGCGACUUGACACAAUUCAAGCACAUUAUGAAGGAAGUCGAGCGCGGACUGGAGAAGUGGGAGAAGGAGAAGGCAGCAUGCAUCUCGCAAUUGCGUGAGCUGGAGAGUGAUCUGUUGAAGGGGAGCACCAGGAAGGAGGAAAUCGAACGCUUCAGCAAGGCUUCAAAGGAUACCGAGUUCGCGCGUAUGUUGAAGCAGAGAAUGCUGAGUCCCGAUCACCUUGAGACCCAGGCGCAACUCAGGAGAGACGUUCGGACCAUCCGUAGUCGCAUUCAACAGUUGGAAGAGUACGUCCAGGCGUCCAAGAAGAAGCUCAACAGCUUAAAGAAUGGGAGGCCGUCGCUCAAGCCUCCCUCAUUGGACACGAUAAAUCGGACGUAUCGCAACAUCGAUGCUGCCAUUGACCAAGAGGAAGACGACUUGGCCAGCCUUGCGGAGCGCGUUGCCCAGCUCGAACUCUCCUCAAAAGCUGCGCCUCUGCUCUCCUUCUCUGCCUCUACUCGCGAUCGUCGACUUCCUGACCGCGGCGCCCAGCGUGUCGGACGAGAAGUCACCCCCAACAUCGCCGCUUCAACCGCAGCAGCUCUCAACGCAGAGAGAAGCGCGCAGAAGCUGAAGAAGGCGCUGCUGAGCGCACGCAAAGAGCCGCUCCUCAACACCAAAGCUGUUGAUGCAGUCCCGCGGGAACGAGAACUCGAGGCUCGGAAAGCCCUUCUCGAGUCUGGGUCGGGUCUUAGCCUCGGCGCGGCGUUCAGCGCUGGGCUCAACGGCGGCGUCGUACCCAGUACACCGUCAUAUGCAGCUUCGCCUGGGUGGUCACUGCCUCCGUUCACCCUGGACUCGAACCCUACGACGGGCCUGGGCGGUGGAAGGAAUAGAGGACCACGCGAGAAGCAGCACGCGAAGCCGAUUCAGUUGCAUCAGGGCGCGAAGCCUGCACUCCCACCACCUCCCGCGGGCUUCAGCUGGGGACCCGUGCCCAUCAUACAGCCGAAGACCACCAUUUCGAUAUUCGCUGGCAUUGGCGAUGGCAGGGGAAAGGCGAAGGAUGAGAAGGGGCUCGGUGACUCCUGGGUUGCGGAUGGAUUCGAAAAGUGA